AUGAUUCGGCUAAGUUUUAUUCUCGUUGUUAUUGCUUACUUAGGUACUUGUGAGCAGAUAGGUAGACGACGUGCGGUCCCCGUCAUAUAUCUUCGUGGAUCUCACUACGACGUCGGUUACGAUGUGGGCCGAACAUUUUCAUCGGUUAUCAAAGAUUUCAUAUCUACCUACGCCAAUCUCAGAGACUUCGAGAAAGAGUAUAAAACCGACAAUGGGAAGCAGGCCUAUGAUAAAACGUUGGCUAAUAUGAAAAAGAGGUAUCCCUAUUACCUGAAGGAAAUGCAAGGCGUUGCUGAUGGUGCUAAGGUCCCAUUCUAUCAAUUGUUCCUUUUGCAAAUGGACGACAUCAUUGGUACCAUCAACGACAACCAUAUCCCACGAAACGAUACUGGAGGAUGCAGCUCCAUCGGUAUCAACAAUUCUGAAGAUGCUGUCCUGGCUCACACUGAAGACGCGUUCAGCGAAACCCUGAACCACUUCUAUAUUAUGUCUGCUCAUAUCAUACCUACGCAGGAAGAUAAGGAACUUGGUGCCAGAGAAGAAAGAUUCGCUUCGCUCUGCUACGCUGGCCACAUGCCCGGUUACACGAUGGGCUACAAUGCUAACGGGCUAGUUUUCUCAAUAAACACACUCAGCCCUAUGAUUCUAAAAGCUGGAAAUACUCCAAGAACAUUCAUAACUCGCGCUCUUCUAUCCGCAAAGAACUUCGAGGACGCGGAAAAAAUUCUCACGGAUGAAGGACUCGGAGCUGCAAACGGCUGCUCCGUCAACAUGAUCUGGACUGACGAAAACGGCCAACGAAGCCUCUACAACGUAGAAAUGGCGCCAGAUCUAACAGCUGAUAAAUCUUUGUUGAACGUUAAGAAGUUUGAGAAUGAAGUAACAAUCCACACAAACAAGUACUUACGGCUUCAUCUGAAAGAAGUAGAUGGUCCCAUUAUUGACAGCAGUAACGCUCGUCUUGACGCCAUAUACAAGCACCCUAAGCCCAAGAACCGAGAAGAUCUCCAGAACAUCCUGUCAGACACUUCCAGACAGGACUUCCAGGUCUUCCAGGAGAAAGAAGAUUCGGAGAUCAAAACUAUUGCAGCUGGCAUAUUCGACUUAGGCGAGAAGACAUGGAACAUUUACAUCAACAAGCCGAACUCAUCUGAACCGGUCGCCAUUUUACCCAUCAUGUUUACUAAUUUAGGAAAGUAA